AUGCCGAGCCUUGAUGAGAUAAGCCAUUCGCGCGGCGUGAUGGUCGCCGCGGUUCGAGAAUACUACGAUUUCCUCACCGAAAUGUAUCUUAAAGAAUUAGACGUGAUUGAGCCUCCCGAAGGGUUGGCCGAAUCUUACCACCAAACUAAGAUCAUUAAGCAAGACGGACAAAGUCGUCUCGCUACUCUGCCACCUACCCAGCAAUUAGGCCACCAGCUGGCCAGCGGGCAGAUUACCGGAGAGACGCUGAGGCUUGCUACUGAGGGUGCUUCCAUAUAUGUGGACGUACCUCCUUACUUCGUAAGUCUUACUUCUGGUGGACGAAAUAAUCCUGUUUUCUUGUUAGAUACGAAGUUCUGUGUUGCGCAUUGGUACGAAGCCCCCGGCGAGGUCAGGUACGAACCAUCGCGAGAACCGAUCGAAGAUGGUCCGUACGACUAUGCACCUGAGAAAGAGGCCGAAUGGCGUGAUACGGAGAAAAUCUUUGGAAUCACUAUCGAUACUAUUGGCGACCUCCCAGCUGUUCAGAAGACGGUGUUGAACUGGAGCGAAGGGAACUGCACCGAAGACGAGCAGUCAGGGGCUGUAUUUGGCUUGCCAGACGUCAGCGUCUUUGACAUUGCCGAAGAAUCUAUGAUUAACGACAUGUAA